AUGGCAACUUUACUCUGCAUCUUCGAUUUACUCAUCCACUCACCCGGAUCCAAACGCAGAGCACCCUUGAGGGUAAAACCUUACUCUCCGGAGGAUUUCGACCCGAACGAUCCGGACGCUGUCGAGUACAUCAACAACACCGCGGUCGGGGACCUCUACGAGCCGGGGUUCGACAUCCGGAACUCGGAGUUGUGUCCGGCGUCCGGCGAGGACCUCAAGUUCGCCGUUUUGAUUCCGUCGGCGCGCGGGAACUUUCACAAGCGGAUGGCCAUCCGGCAGACUUGGGGGAGCUUCGCGCAGCGGAAGGACAUCGUCGUGGCCUUCGUCGUCGGGCGUCCCGGGGAGGCGUCGGAUCCGGCGUCGGAUCUCCCGUCGUCCGUGGAGGAGGAGUCCGAACUCUACGGGGACGUCAUUGCGGGAAGGUUCGUGGACUCGUACGCCAACCUGACGCUGAAAAUCACGGCCAUGCUGGAGUGGAGCACGACCUUCUGCUCGAAAGCGCAGUUCAUCAUAAAAGCUGACGACGACGUGUUCCUAAACAUCCCGAAGCUGCUUGACCUCGUCGAAUCCGACGCGGUUCUAGCGACGCGGACAAUUUUCGGACAGCUUUUCAAAGGUUGGCACCCCGUGCGGGACCGAAGGGAUCGCAACUACGUCCCGCAGACGGUCUACGCCCCGCCCAUGUUCCCCGACUACAUCCGCGGGCUCAGCUACGUCAUCACGGGGGAUCUCGUGAGGGAGCUCUACGACAAGGCUCUCGAGUCGCCGUACUUCUUCCUGGAGGACGCUUUCUACACGGGGUUCCUUCUCCAGGCCGUGGGGGGAGAGAGGGUGGGGAUAUCGGCGGCGUUCACCUACAGGGAUAGGAAGUGCAAUUUUCGGGAUGAUCAUUGGAUGGGCGUCGCCAGGGUCCGGGAGCUCUUUGAUCUGUGGAAUAAGUUUCUGGUGGGCCGCCCGAGAUGUAUGUUUUAG